AUGAUAACCACGACAUACGCCAACCACGAGUCCAAAGCCAUACACGUGCGCAACACUUGGGCCAAACGGUGCGAUCGGCACCUCUUUCUCAGCUCACGAGACAACGCGAGUCUACCGGCCGUACGGCUGUGCGAUACCGACGAUAGGGCACACCUCUGGUGCAAAUCAAAGCCGAGAAUAUUUUGUAUGAUAACCACGACAUACGCCAACCACGAGUCCAAAGCCAUACACGUGCGCAACACUUGGGCCAAACGGUGCGAUCGGCACCUCUUUCUCAGCUCACGAGACAACGCGAGUCUACCGGCCGUACGGCUGUGCGAUACCGACGAUAGGGCCCACCUCUGGUGCAAAACUAAAGAAGGUAUGCGGUACAUAUACGACAAAUAUCUAGAUGAUUACGACUGGUUCCUAAAAGCGGAUGAUGAUUCUUACUUGAUCAUGGAGAAUUUACGCCAUUUUCUAGCCCCACACCGGCCCCACGAGCUCCUGUACUUUGGCUGCAAACUACAGUACCGAGAUGUGGUAUACAUGAGCGGGGGUGCCGGCUAUGUGCUGAGUCGGGCCGCUGUCAAGCAGUUUGUUACGGCCGGUAUCGGUUAUUUUACCGACAGUAGUCAGUGUUUGGCUGGAACUGACACCGGUGUCGAGGACCUGGAAAUGGGCAAAUGUUUGCAGCAUAUUGGUGUUACUGCAGAUGAUUACGACUGGUUUCUAAAAGCGGAUAAUUAUUUCCCCGUGGUCAUUAAAAAUUUACGCCACUUUCUGGCCUCACACUCACCUCAAGAGCUCCUAUACUUUGGCUGCAAACUACAGUAUGAGAGUGUUAAAUACAUUAUGGGUGGGGCCGGGUAUGUGCUGAGUCGGGCCGCUCUCAACAAGUUUGUUACUGUGGGUAUUGGCAGUAAAACAGACAAUAGUAUAUGUUUGGCCGGCACUGACACAGGGGCUGAGGACUUAAAGAUGGGCAGUCUACUCAACAAUAAUAAUAAACGUGCUCAAUACAAACGUGCAAAUCAUGUAAAACAACACAAUAAAACAUCGGGAAUACAGUCAAAGCCGAGAAUAUUCUGUAUGAUAACCACGACAUACGCCAACCACGAGUCCAAAGCCAUACACGUGCGCAACACUUGGGCCAAACGGUGCGAUCGGCACCUCUUUCUCAGCUCACGAGAC